CUUAAUGUUUGUUUUUAAUUUAGAUAUAACUAGUACAAAAAUGUCAAUCUAAAAUCUGUAUUGUAGAAGUAAUGCAUGGUGUGUUGUUUUUUUCAGGUAAGAAACCAUGACACGUGACAAGGACAUUUGCCAUUCUGAUGUGGAUUCGAAACGAGAAAAACUGAAGAAACUAAUCAGUAAGGCACCAAAAGCUCAACUACAUCUUCAUUUAGAUGGAUCCCUCUCUUGCGAUUUCAUUAUGAAAGCAGCAAAACGUUUGAAAGAGGACAACAAGGACAAGGUUUUGUUUGAACAUAAUUGGGAACCAGAAGACGAAGAAAGUUUAGUACGCUGGUUUAUGAAUACAGCCAAAGUCCAACAGAAAAAUAAUUCCAAAGCAGAUGACAAUGCUAAUUGGAAGGUUUUUGAUGUUUGCAAUCAGUUUCUUCAAACUAAAGAAAAUUUAAAUGAUGCUACGUUCGACUUAACAAAGCGAUUGUGUGUUGAUCAUGCAGUCAACUACAUAGAAAUUCGAUUUGCUCCACUCUUACAUACACAAGAAGGACUGUCUGAAAGAGAAGCUGUACUCGCUGUUAUAGAGGGCUUUUUAAAGGCUAAAAGGUUUCUAAGCCAUAAUGGCUACAAUAUAUCUGGUGGGAUUAUCUUAUGUGCUUUGAGAUCUUUUUCUGUUAGUGAAGCAAUAAAAGUUGUGAAGUUAAUCAAAAGUUUGGAUAACGAAAACGUUGUUGGAUUCGACAUUGCAGGAGAUGAGGCUUCGUAUCCUCUGCAUUUAUUUAGUGAAGCUUUGCAUCUUGCGAAAGAAGAGAAAAUUAAUAUAACAGUUCAUGCUGGUGAAUGGAACGAGAAUAAAAAUAAAAAUAUUUUGGAAAAUCUCAAGUUAGCCAUUGAGCUUGGUGUAAACAGAAUUGGUCAUGGCUUAGCGUUACGUUCCUUUGAAAAAAACAGUGAUAUAUUGGUGCAAAUGAAAGCUAAAAAUAUUUCAGUUGAAGUGUGCUUAACUUCUAAUUGUGACAAUCCAGAAAAAUGUGCUGACUUUUCCUCCCAUCCUCUGCCAUCCUUCCUGAAGAAUAAACUAGCUAUUGCUGGCCUUAAUGUUGACAACCUGAUGUUAGCUGGAGAUCAUCAAACUGGUUUACCAGAUCCUUCCGGUGAGAUUGCACGAGCAAUAAUUGAUUGUGGUGUGCAGGGAGAUGAUUUGUUGACAAUCAUUGAGAGUAGUUACAAAGCUGCUUUUAAAGCUGUGCCUAAUAAUGUAAUUGCAGACUCGUUGAAAGUUUGGAAAGAAGAUAUUAUUCCCCAUAUUGACUUUGAUUGACAACGUCCUGGAUUUUAAAUUUUUAAACAUUUUCAUAUACACUUAGGUUACUGUUGGUUUUACUGAUUGACUGGGGUGGAAAUAAUUUCUUGGCUUAUAUAGCAAAUCUUAAUGUUGUUUAAGUGAUUAAGGGGGAGGCAUUGAUUGUGAUUGCUGAAUCUGUUACACAAGAGGAAUUCCAAUAAGAUUACCAUUCAUUCACCUGUGUAGAAUUGAAAUGUUUAUUACACAACCCUUCUCUUGUCUCCUAGUGUUUUUUCCUGAAUCUAGAUUAUCUAUGUUACCUAAUAACAAAGAUGAGAUCUUUUUAUAUGUAUAAUGCAUCAUAACAAAGAUCUAUUUCUCCCACACUGCACCCAAUAUCACCUAGAGUGUAGACGGCUGUGUUUACUUUCUUUAUAAAACAUAGGAUUAAGAUGUUUUAAUUUUAUUGCCAUUUUUAGAAUUACCAGAUCAUGUUUUUGACUUGUAUAAUUAUCUAAAAUAUGCAAAACUAAAUUUUCUAUAAUAUAGUUAUUUUUAUAUGCCUAUUUUAAUUACGUUCUGUUUUGUUAUAAAUUAUUUUAUGUAGAAUUUCAUCUGGUACAAUAUUAGUUGUGGAAAAAUAUGUAAAAUAGUAACUAUAAAGUUUAAAUAAAGUUUUAUUGUUUUGUUCAUCGUUUGUUCAUCUUUAAUUUGUCACGACCAGUAUAUCUACAAGUAAAUUCAUAAUUAUUACGUCUUCUUCAUUUUUUUUUUAGUUUUUGCCAGCAAACUGCCAAAAUAUACAAAACUACCCUAUAUUAACUAAACUUACUUCAUACAAUCAGUAGUUACUUUUUUCCUCAUAAAGAAAGUAUUAUGUAUAUAGUCAUGCAUAGAGUGUGUAUUUUUGAUUUAAAUCUAAUUUUUAUGAUAUAUACUUAUUUGUUUUAAUUUUACAAUUUUACAUAUAUAUAUAUAUAUUUAACUUUUGUUGUUGUUUUUCAGUGUUUCUUUUUAAGUAAUAAAAGUUGGACAAUGUUUUCGAGAUGUUUGUAUAUCUCCUUUGUGAGCUUGAAAUGACGUUUUGAGUAAUUUACUUAUGAAAAGUUCUCUAAGACCACUUGAGAAUGUAAAGUGUUAAAAAGGUUUAUUCCAAAAUUAGAUGGAAGUAUAUAUCAUAUUCCUAAACAAAAUUAUUGAUUUUUCCCUUUCCAUGCAAGGAAAAUUUAGAAUGUAUCAUAUUAACUUUAUUGUGAAAAUCAUAAUGUAUAUAUUCAACAAGCUAUGAAACAGUGUAUCAGUUAUUUUUCUUUCCUUCCCAAAUUAAAAUUUGUAGCACAUUUUUGUUGAGUUGCAUCGUAUUCUGUGUGUGAAAGAUUGUGGAAUGAGA